CGAGUAAGGGUGUUGUCCCGCGGGGUUUGUAGGCUGGCAGUGCUUUAUAGCUUCUAGAUGCAUUAUCAAGUGUAUUUUGUUUCGAAGAUGUGAUAAGCGAGCUGUGACCAGUGGUGGAAGCAUUUCAUGAAACGUGAUAAUAAAUUUGUCAAACUAAAAGACGAUUUCAGGUUGCAAUCAGGUGUGUGAAACGUUUUAUUUCUUAAAAACAAAGAGUGAUGAUCUGAUUCUCCGUAGAAUUCAAUUUGCACCUUUUAUUGUGAACUUGUGAUAUUUGAGAGUGGUUGUUAGCAAAAUUUCAUUUGAAAAUACGUGGCCAUCAAUCGACUUCCAUGCUGAUGGUGAUAAGGAAAAGACGCACCAGCGUCCAUCAGGUGGUUGAAAUUGGAAGAAAAGCUGUGUUCAAGCCUAAGUUCAACUGUUUUAAAAUUGUCGGCAACGUUAUCGUAUGAGAAGUGUUUGUGUUCGCCGGUGUUUGUCCCAGGUGUCGAAGUAAAAAAUAAACCACCCACCGCACCACCCACUUUGCGAUGAUUCGGCCUAAAUUCGUUGGCAAACGCAUUCUCCUCACAUUGGGCGCUCUCGUGACGCUAACGCUAAGCUUCGUCAAUGGAUUUGCGACACUUGCAACCGAUUUGGAUAAACCGCAGCGGUGUCUGCAGGAACGGACAUACAAAAUGGUCGGCUAUAAUUGUGCUAACCUCAACCUGAAAGAGAUUCCGCAGUCGCUGAAGAGUAAUUUACAGAUUUUGGAUCUCAGCUUCAAUCGCAUACGCGACCUAAAUAGACAUUCGUUUUCACGUUACACCGAUGUCAAAUAUCUGUAUCUAUUUGAGAAUAUGAUUCAGAACAUAGAGGAUGACACGUUCAGCGAACUCAGUAGUUUGGAGGCGCUCGACUUAUCCAGCAAUGCUUUAAAGACAAUCCCCCUGGAACUUUUUCGACUGCCCCUGCUAAGGAAUUUAUACGUAGCUCAUAACGCUCUCAGUGAUCUGGACAGAAAUUUACCACUAUUGGAUAAACCGGUUCAAGCUCCAAUCCAAAUUCUUAGCUUGGCAGAUUGCUGGCUCACGAAACUGCCAAACUUCGGUAUCUUGCCAGAUUUGUGGCAGCUGAACAUUUCGUCCAAUCCAAUGACGGAGCUUACGGUGGACCAGUUUUCACCUAUGUGCAAUCUCCGAUCGUUAGACCUUAAUAACACCCAAAUACAGAUCUGCUCCUGCCAACUCAUUACAGCGGAACUUAGCACCAGGCGGACAAAAAUUCUUAAUAGUCAUCCUCACUGUACACCUCUAUUUUCAGCAGAACAAAGUAUCUGCGCACAGGACGUGUCGCCCGCAACACCCACAACAGACUAUCAGCAAUGCAUGGAAAUUCGAACCGCCCGCAAACUGAACACCGAAGCCAAAACAGCAUGGUUUAAAAUCUCUUUGGGAGUGCUAACGUGCAUCGUCCUCUUUUCGCUGAUCCUGUAUUGCCUACACAAACGAAACGCCAAGAGUAUGAAAGCAAAUAAAAACAAACAUGGAAACAAAACUGCUCCCAUUCAUAAAGUGAUGGUGCCAUCCGGUGAUGAGCUGCCAAUCGUCGAAAACGGUAACCGUGAUAAACUUAUAAAUGAUUGUGAUUAGCGUUGCCCGUGGUUGGCAUGCUUUCUACAUAUUGUAGCGAAACGUUGUAGAUAUUUCAACGAACAAGACUAACGAUUUAAAGUAAGUGGCGUGAAUGGGUUGUUAAAAUGGGUGCCGAAGUUCAGACAACUAGUGUAAAUCGAGCGAACUAGAACUAGAAGUUGUUCUUCCAAACUAAAUUGUCCUAUUAAGCACAAUAAUCUAACAUUAGCGACCAGAUACACCAAACUCGCGCAAACGUUUUCUUUAAGUAAAACGUCCAAAUUGUAUAUAAAUAAUAAGAUAAUGAUAAUAAGCAAUAUAAUACAUAAGAGUAGAAAUUACAAGCACCUUAGUAAUGCACACAUAAAAUGAAUAGCAUAUAUUCUGUAUGAUUUAUGCAUGGAACAUGUCCUGUGGGUAUGUUAGAAAACAUGAAAUAUUUUGAGGAAAAUGUAAAUUGAAAAGCAUUUUAUAGACUCACAAGAGUUGGGGCGCCAUUCAUAUAGGAUUAGAAAAAAUAACAAGUCUAA